AUGGCAUUUUUAUUGAACAAUAGUGCUCUCUCUAAGCUCCAAAUUCAUUCUCAGAAGGCUGAUAAUUCGUUAACGCUAUCAAGGCAUGGAUUUCAUGUCGAACCUGGGACUCGUGAAAAGGCUCUCUUGGUGGAGGACCCAGCAUUAAAACGCUUCAAAUCACAUAAGAAAAGUGUUCGGCGCCUCAAAAUAGUCGGAGAUGCUCUGACCAUCAUAGUUGUAGCUGGGUGCUGCUAUGAGAUCUACGUAAAAGCAACAGUGCGAGAAGAAGCCCGUAAAGUAGGCAAAUGA